ACCAAGAUUUAUAGAUUGAAUUUAAAAAUUGUAACACAAAUUAAAUUAAUCUGUGGGUUCUUAAUAAUAUUUUCUGCUUCCCUGGAGCCCAUCGGAACCCCCCUUUUCAGGAUUAGCGGUGCUCGGGUCCGGGAGCGACAUGGCGGCGUCCGUGAGGAACUAGUUUGGGGUAAAGGUAGUGCUUGGUUUCGCUGUCUUGGCGACACUGACAAACUGGAGCUUUCCGUGACCAUCCGACUGAAGGAAGCCUUCACUGAUAGGUGGACAGCUUUAGAGAUCGGCCCUCCGUUCUUAUUCCCAAUUAGAAGCCGAGUCCUGAGCACUGACCAGCAUGAGCAACAUCUAUAUCCAGGAACCUCCCACGAACGGGAAGGUUUUAUUGAAAACUACAGCUGGAGAUAUUGACAUAGAGUUGUGGUCAAAAGAAGCUCCUAAAGCUUGCAGAAAUUUCAUUCAGCUUUGUUUGGAAGCGUAUUAUGACAACACCAUUUUUCAUAGAGUUGUACCUGGUUUUAUAGUCCAAGGGGGAGAUCCCACUGGCACAGGGACUGGUGGAGAGUCUAUCUAUGGAGCCCCAUUCAAGGAUGAAUUCCAUUCCCGGUUACGUUUUAAUCGGAGAGGACUGGUUGCCAUGGCAAAUGCUGGUCCUCAUGAUAAUGGCAGCCAGUUUUUCUUUACACUGGGUCGAGCAGAUGAACUCAACAAUAAACAUACCAUUUUUGGAAAGGUCACAGGGGAUACAGUGUAUAACAUGCUGCGGUUGACAGAAGUUGACGUAGAUGAGGAUGAAAGACCACGUAAUCCACACAGAAUAAGAAGCUGUGAGGUUUUAUUUAAUCCUUUUGAUGACAUCAUUCCAAGAGAAAUAAAAAAGCCAAAAAAAGAGAAACCAGAGGAAGAAGUAAAGAAACUGAAGCCCAAAGGCACAAAAAAUUUUAGUUUACUUUCAUUUGGAGAGGAAGCUGAAGAAGAAGAGGAGGAAGUUAAUCGAGUUAGUCAGAGCAUGAAGGGAAAAAGCAAAAGUAGUCAUGACUUGCUUAAGGAUGAUCCCCAUCUCAGUUCUGUUCCAGCUGUUGGAAGUGAAAAAGAUGAUGCAGUAGGAGAGUCAACCAAUGAUGGAGAAUAUGAAGGUGCAGAGCAUGAUGAAUAUAUUGAUGGUGAUGAGAAGAAUCUGAUGAGAGAACGAAUUGCAAAAAAGUUAAAAAAGGACGCAAGUGGAAAUGUUAAGUCAUCUGGAGAGGGAGACGUGAAGAAAUCAGUUAGCCGCAGUGACGAGCUCAGAAAAGAAGCAAGACAGUUAAAGCGGGAACUCUUAGCAGCAAAACAAAAAAAAGUAGAAAAUGCAGCAAAACAAGCAGAAAAGAAAAGUGAAGAGGAUGAAACUGCUCCUGAUGAUGCUGUUGCAGAAUACAGAAGAGAAAAGCAAAAGUAUGAAGCUCUGAGAAAGCAACAGGCAAAGAAGGGGACUUCCCGGGAAGACCAGACCCUGGCGCUGCUGAACCAGUUUAAAUCUAAACUCACUCAAGCAAUUGCUGAAACUCCUGAGAAUGACGUUUCUGAAGCAGAAGUAGAAGAUGAUGAAGGAUGGAUGUCGCAUGUACUUCAGUUUGAGGAUAAAACCAGAAAAGUGAAAGAUGCAAGCAUGCAAGAUUCAGAUACAUUCGAAAUCUAUGAUCCUCGGAAUCCAGUGAAUAAGAGAAGACGAGAAGAAAGCAAAAAGUUGAUGAGAGAAAAAAAAGAAAGAAGAUAAAACAACAGUAAUGUUUAACUAGAACUAGCUAGAAAUGUUCCUGUAAUAAAUGGCCUCAUAACAGCCAUUGUUCCCAACAGCAUCACUUAUAAGGGUGUGAAGAGAAGUAUUUUCAAACCUGUUGUCUGGUUUUGAAGAACAGUUAUCUUGUUAUGUAAAUUGUGGAAUGAGAUAAGCAAAUGUUUUUGUUUACCGAUACAUGCUUUUCCCCCAUUUGAACUUUUAUAUUGCUAAAUCUGAAAUAAAAUAACUUUCCUGCCAGUUUACAUGUUAACUAUUUGUAGACUGUGGCAGCCGGUGUGUUAUCUCUUUAUCCUAAAUAUGUAAAGGCUUCGGUUUCAAUAUUUUUUUUAUAAGAAGUUCUUGCAAGAAAGAGUAUUUAAGGGAAACCUCCCUGGCAUUCUGUUAUCACAUUACUGAACUUGGAAUGUAAUAAAAAAAAAAAAUACAUAAUA